AACAAUUUUGGAAUUUCCGGCUGCUCUUCGAUAGGGUGGCCCUCGACUACCGGCUACGCCUCAUUCGAACCAUUGGAGACAUCCCCGUGUUCGACCACCCUCUUUUGAAAGGAUCCCCCCUCCGCACAAACCACGCUCGAAACCCCUCCCGUCCCGUCCACCUACCUCGCCCAUCCAUCCAUCCAUCCCACCUUCUCUCCAGAAUGUCCGGCGCCGACUCCCCGGAAAUCCUCGCUGCCUACGAUGCCGUACGCUCCGACAAAGACGAGACCAAUUGGCUCUUGAUCUCGUACGCCGCCGCCACUGGGGACGCGCUGAAGCUGACCGCCACGGGAACCGGCGGGCUUGAGGAGCUGACUACGAAGCUGGACGACUCCCAGGCCCAGUAUGCUUAUGUGCGCGUCGAAUAUGCAAACGAUACUGAGAGCAAGCGGGUUAAGUUCGUGUUGGUCAUCUGGAUCGGGGAGGGCACCAAGGUCAUGCGGAAGGCGAGGGUCAGCAUCGAGAGCGGGGCUGUGAAGAAGGCUCUGGGUCAUCAUAGCAUCCAGGUCGAUGCGAGGGACAAGGGGGAUCUGGACGAGAAGGACAUUGUUGCACGGCUGAGAAAGGCCGGGGGUGCCGACUACAAUGGGGGCAGAGGUUGA